AGCUCUGAACGGAGAAUGAAGCGCGAGUGGAGACGCCGAAGAGGCGGCGGCGGAACCGGGGUGGAGAGAGGCAGCCGCAACAGCGGCCAGGACGAAAUAAACGUGGAUUGUAAGCACCUUUGCAAGAAAUUCAAACCGAGCAAAACCGGCUACUGAAGGACCAUCCCUGCUGGGGUUGCUGAUUUGCCCCAGCUGUGUAGAGAAGCAAGCAGAGAACCUGCCUUGCCCACCGCUACAAAGCAGGACCGAUGUGGAGCCACCCCCCCACGUUGCCUUUCAUCCAGGCUAACUAACAGACUCAUGCCAAGCUGAUUUCUAUGCGCAAGUUUUGACCUUUUCUGCACUUUUAAGCACACUUCAUUUUUUUUCAUUGUUCAGAUUGUGAAGCACUGGACACAUGCAUAAGAUUUUUUUUUAAAGAUCAGGAGAUGCUUCUGUCUGAGCAGAUCAAGUAGGUGAACAGAUUUUUCUGCACCUUUCUGCUUUCCAGGAGGGCUGAUCAAGCAAGGGACAGUCCAUGCCAACUGUGCUGUAAGAGUGGGAGAAAUCAAAGUAGAUGCAGCAAAGCACAAUGUGUCAGUCUUUGGAAAGGCAAUCGUGUCUGUUUGGAGUAAUCAUUUAGCAUCUGAGGGCACUUUCAUGCCUCCCACUAAGCCUGCCCUUCACUUCUUUUACCCCCUUUUUGGUUUGGUUCCCAGCCCCCCUUCCUGUUGAAUUUCCACUUUACCAAAAUACUAUUUUCUGGAAAUAUAAAACCAGCUGGUGUUUGACAACUGAAGAUAAAAGAAUAAGCAAAAGGAAAAGUGGGGAAGAGAGUGAUGCCCUUUAAUCUUCUGUCUUCUACAAAGAUGAGGUGCCUUUUGCUGGAGCUGACAUCUCUUCUGCUGCUGGGAUUGGCAUUUGCACAACGUCAGGUCACUGUUCAAGACGGCCCUCUAUAUCGUACUGAGAAUUCCCACAUCACUAUCUGGUGCAAAGUCAGUGGUUACCAAGGACCAACAGAACAGAAUUUUCAAUGGUCUAUAUAUCUUCCAUCUGCUCCAGAAAGGGAGGUACAAAUUGUCAGCACCAUGGACCCUUCCUUCCCCUAUGCAAUCUACACUCAGCGUGUCAGGAGCGGAGAAAUCUAUGUAGAAAGAGUCCAAGGGGAUUCUGCUCUGUUGCAUAUCACAGAACUCCAAGACAGGGAUGCUGGCGAGUAUGAAUGUCACACACCCACCACUGAUGAAAGAUACUUCGGGAGCUACAGUGCCAAGAUGAAGCUAGUGGUUAUUCCUGACUCCUUGCGGGUAACCUCAGAAGCUCAAACUCUAAACAAAGUACAACAUGAUUCUCUGGAGCUGAAGUGUGAAAUAUCCAAGAAUACUGCACAGCACAGCCACAUUUCCAUUGCCUGGUACCGGCAGAAAGCCAAUGAGCCAGCGGUGGAGGUGAUCUCCCUCACUCGUGAUUUUGUAUUGCAUGCAGGAAGUGAUUACACCCAAAGGCAUGCAAGCGGUGACAUACGCCUGGAUAAAGUAGGCGAAACUCAGUCCAAACUUACAAUCUAUAACCUGCAGUCUUCUGAUGAGGGCGAGUUUUACUGUGAGGCAGCUGAGUGGAUCCAGGACCCUGAUGGCUCUUGGUAUGCAAUGACCCACAAGCGCUCAGAGGGCACCAUGGUCUACGUGGAAGGAACCGAUAUGGAUAUCAAUGUCCGGCUCGAAACAGAGAAGCGGACAUAUACAGUGGGUGAACCAGUGGAGUUCAGGUGCAUCCUGGAAGUACAGAAUGUUGCAAAGAGAUAUUUUUCCAUCUCAUGGGCCUUCAACAGUUCCCUGAUUGCCAGCUUCGGGGCUAAUGCUGUGCCAGUGCUUAAUAAUGAGUUUGCCCAGCGGGAAGCUCUGGGGCAAUUGAAAGUAGCCAAAGAGAGUGACAGUAUCUAUAUCCUGAAAAUCUACCGACUGCGUCUGGAGGACAGUGGAAAAUACAACUGUCGAGUGACAGAGCGUUUGAAGACAACAACUGGUGAAUUUAUUGAUGGAGAGAGCAAACGACCAAAGAACACACCCAUUACAGUCUUACCCCUUAAGACCAAUAUUUCAGUGGAAGUAUCCAACAAUGCCACCAGUGUUCUAGAAGGGGAGAGCCUGCGAUUUGGUUGCAGUGUCCGCACAGGGUUUCGACCCCAAAACCGACUUUCUGUCACAUGGCAACUUGUGGACAAGCAAAACCGUCGCAGUGACAUUGUGCAGCUUGACCGGGAUGGUAGUCUUCAUCCCGGCCCCUCUUACAUCGAGCGCAGUAGCUAUGGGGGGAUCCAGAUGGAGCAGAUAUGGCCAGGAUCCUUCACCCUUGAAAUCUUCAACAGCCUCAAGUCAGAUGAGGGCCAUUAUGAAUGUCGCAUCACAGAGUGGACGCGAAGGCUGGAUGGGGAGUGGCAGAUGAUUGGCGAGAGACACAAUGGCUCUGCUGUAUCCAUCACUGCACUGGAUGCUGGCUUUGUGGUUACAGCCAUCUCUCGCACCCCUGGAGUCACCUAUAAUGAGUCGUUUGAUUUACAGUGCAUCAUCAAACCUCAUUACCCAUCAUGGGUUCCAGUGUCUGUAACAUGGCGUUUCCAGCCAGCGGGCAGUACUGAAUUUCAUGAUCUGGUCACAUUUACUCGGGAUGGAGGAGUUCAGUGGGGAGAUAGGUACAUUGGAUUCCGCACCCGGACGGCCAUUGAGAAAGCAGAGUCUAGCAACAAUGUGCGCCUGAGCAUCAGCAGAGCCAGUGACACAGAGGCAGGGAAGUACCAGUGUGUGGCAGAACUCUGGAGGAAGAACUACAACAGCAGCUGGACACGACUGGCAGACAGAACCUCGAAUCUGCUGGAGAUCAGAGUCUUGCGACCUGUGACAAAAUUGCAGGUCAGCAAGUCAAAGCGGAGCAUCGUCCUUGUUGAGAGCAGACCCAUCCCUCUGAACUGCUCUGUGAAGUCUCAGACUAGCUCAGACUCUCAUUUUGCUGUCCUGUGGUAUGUUCAUAAACCCUCUGACACAGAUGGGAAGCUCAUCCUGAAGACCACCCACAACUCGGUGUUUGAGUAUGGUACCUAUGCAGAAGAGGAGGGGCUGAAGGGGAGGCUGCAGUUUGAGCGUUCCUUGUCUGGAGGGCUCUUCAGCCUCACAGUCCAGAGGGCCCAAGUCAGUGACAGUGGCAGCUACUACUGCCACGUGGAGGAGUGGCUGCUCAACCCCAACCAUGCCUGGUAUAAGUUGGCUGAGGAAGUUUCUGGUCGGACUGAAGUCACUGUCAAGUUACCAGAUAACCUCUUGGAAGUGAACCAGAGCCAGAGGAACCUAACAAUCCUAGAAAAUGAAUGGGUGACAUUAGAAUGUCUGGUCACCAACCGGAGCAGCCGUGCUUCCCAGUUGUCUGUGGAAUGGUAUGUGUGGAAAUCCGGCCACCCAGAGAAAGAGGCCAUUCUAAAGCUGACCCGCCAAGCCACCCUGUUGUAUGGAGAACUAGCAGCAGUGAAUGAUCUGAAGAACAGGCUGCGCAUAGAAAGCCCUUUGCCUGGCCUUUAUCUGCUCACCAUCCAGAACAUGACUGUGCAAGAUAGUGGGACCUAUGAUUGUCGGGUGGAGGAGUGGCUGCUGAAUCCCACAAAUACCUGGUACAAGCGGGCAGAAGACCUGUCUGGGCUGACAACCAUUACAGUGAAGCAGCCAGAUGCUACAUUGCAAGUGGAUGCUACAAUGGCUAACUUUACUGUGCCAGAGCAUGGGCAUUUCCAUUUGGAUUGCAAUAUCCUGUCGUCCUCCAGCCGGGAUUCCCGCUUUGCUGUGACAUGGUUCAUUGUAAAAACUAAGGAGAGAGACAGUCGCAAAGACAGUGAAGAGAGGGAGGUCUUGCUACGAGUAGGCCAGGAUUUCAUCUUCAGCCGAGAAGCCAGUCUCUGGGAAGGCAGACUACGCUUUCAGAGGCUUUCGGCCAUGUUCUAUCGGUUGACUGUGUUGCAGGCAGGUGUUACAGAUGCUGGCAAUUACUCAUGCCGCGUGGAAGAGUGGCUGCCUGACCCCAGGGGAAUGUGGUACAAACUGGCUGAAGACGAUUCUGGCCCUAUUGCAGUUUCUGUGCAAGACACAGGUUCCUCUCUGCAGUCUGUCAUCUGCUCCAACGACUCCCUCUUCUACUUCGUGUUCUUUUAUCCCUUCCCUAUCUUUGGCAUUCUCAUCAUCACUAUUCUGCUGGUGCGAUUCAAAAGCAGAAACUCCAGCAAAAAUUCUGAAGGCAAGAAUGGGGUCCCCUUGCUAUGGAUCAAAGAGCCACAUCUAAACUACUCACCCACUUGUCUGGAGCCUCCUGUUCUCAGCAUUCACCCAGGGACUAUAGAUUAAACUGGAGUGAUCUACAGAGAUGAACAUGCACCUGGAACCCAAAGGAAGUGCGUUUUGUUGUCCUGUUAUUCAGCAUCUGUAUUUCUCAGUUCCCGACAGUUUCAUUAUGAUUUUCCUGUCCUUGUUUGGGACUAAGGGAGCUCAAGGAUCCCAGGAUGCCUCUGAAGGUUCAACCAAUGGCUAAGGGUGGUAGAAGGUCUGUGUGUUCACUGUAUAUAGUGGAUUCCCCCUGCCCUCAGCCCUGCAUCUGUUCUCAUCAUUGGUCCUUUGGAUUGUAAUUCUGUUGCACAAAUAUGUUUUGUUCUUGUGUUACGCAGAGGACAAUCCCCAGAAUGUAUUGGUUUGUGAAGGGCUCUGGCUGUGCUAAUGUGGGGCAUGUUAUUUUGGGUAAGCUUGUGUUAUGAGUUUGAUUUGACAACCACGAGCCCUUUAUAUUGAAGAGGGCCUGAAGAACUCGGCUGGCUGUUUAUUACUUUGGAGAAAAUAGAACCAAAACUGUCAGCUGCAAAGCACCAGGAGUGUCAUUUCUUUGGGAACAAACUGCCUCUGCCACCCUUCAGUCUUCGGCUGUUUCUCAUUUCUUUUGAGGACUGAAAUAUGCUAUAUGCGAAAUUGCUUGCACCAUGUUGAGGUCCAACAAAGGCCUGUAUGUGUGUCAGUGCAACAGAACUUUCUAGCCUUGAAGCCCACAGUCCUGCUGCCUAUACAUUCCUGUUUACCAGAAAGACACACAGUUGCCCUCUGGGCAUUAUUAAACCACUCCACCACUAUUUCAGACACUGCAGGGACAAAAAAACCUGAACUCCCGAUUCUCAAGACAUACCAGUUGACCAAAGUAACAAUUUAGGAAGCAGGGGAAGAUGGCUGCCCCUCUGAGUGGGCCUGGCUUUGAUAUGAUUUUGGGACAUCACACCACAGGAGGAUGUAUUGUGGAUGUCCUGAGCAACUUUGAUUUCUUGUGUAAGUUUCAUUUCAGAUGCAAAAACAACACACAGGGAGUUUACAACAGGCAAGAAAGGAUCUGCAUGGUCUUGCUUCCCUCCUGUAUGUGUGUGUGUGCCAUUUUGUUACUUCAGCUUUAUUUCUCCAGGUGCAACAGCCUUCACUUUCUUAACAGCCCUGCAAAAACCACAAUAAGUGGACUGUGAAGAAUUGCUGGGUCAAAAACUGCUGUUCUUUCUGUGAAAGACAUGAUGCUAACAAACUUGGGGCGCAGCACCUUCUUUCCCUCAGAUUAAGCCAACUUCUUGUCUCCUGUUCGACAUUGAAACACCUGCUGUAGCUGAUGGACUGCUCUCUUAAGCCCCUGGUUCUAGCCUGGCAGAUAGGGAAAUGUGUUUCCCAGAAAAUGGCUGUUUGCCGUCUUCCUAAAAGUCUUCCUUGCACAGCUGGCCAUUACCUGUUUUGCAAAAAGGCUCAAUAUAUGAGGUUACUUGAUGUCCACAAGUUCUGUUGCCCUAGCAGGUGGGGGUGACAGGUGGAGGUAGGGGAUGCCAGCAGAGCAAGCUCUCCCUGAAGAGUGACACAUGUUCAUCUUGCCAGAUUGGCCCUCUGUGGGGAUAACAUGUUAACUUUAGUUAAUGGUGCUUUAUAAGUCUGUAUAGUUUUUUGUCAGAUAUUCGACCAGGAGAGGAAUGUGCAUAUUCAGCUCACCCACAACAGGGGUAAAUUCACUUUAUUUUCCCAAGAUUUAUGGUUUUUCAAAAUACCUCCUUAUAAAGGAGGAUUGCAUAGCAUUCCAAUAAAGCAUCUAGAAUAUUCCCUGCUCUCAGUCUGCCUUUGCAAACUGUUAUUCCUAGGUAAAAAGUCCUGUAUAUGCACAUGUGUAUACAGUUCGAAAACACACACCAUCCUCCUGCCUGAGCAGUAUGUUCAAAAGGGAGGAAUCAAAACGCAAAUGGAAAUGAAGAGCUAAGCAAAAAAGAGCCCCUAGCAUUGUCUCUUGUUUUAUAAAUGUAAAACGUCCUGUACAUAUAAUGCUUUGGGGCAGGAGCUAUAACUCAAUUCAACUCCUAAAAAACAAAAUGAGUCAGCAGGAUGAUUCCCUGCCCUAAAGAACACUGUUCUUUAUCUUUGCUUUGGAAAUAUGUUGAACAGACCUAGUAGUUUCAGUGCUUUUCUACAUAUCCCCCUUCCCAUCCCUUCCAUCUAUGGAAAGCUAUCCCACAGCGACCUCCAGUGGCCAGUCAUUUGGAUCGGCUGUGGACUCUUGGAAAAUAAGCAGAUGUGUAUCAAAGGCAGUAGCCAAAGUGGGAGCAUUAUUGAUCACACACAUCGUGCCAAUGAUUUGUUCAUUGCACUGCCAAGUUACUGCCCAGUCUGGGACAUGUAUCUUUCUAAAAGGUGACUUUUGUCUGUAAAAAGCUCUAACAAAGCUUAUUGGAGAACUCUUUCUUUACCCAGAGGAAAAAGAACAAACUACCUUUGCAUGAUGUGGGAAACCCAUGUGAGACUUUUUUAUUAUUAUUAAAAAGAACUUUGUACCAUGUUGCACUAAAUGUUUUAUACAACA